AUGGGCUCCUCAAUAAUUAACAUUCAACGCGACUUUAUCCUGAACACAAUCCGCAAUGCCGGUGGCCACGAAUGGAAAGUCUUGGUGGUGGAUGAGACCAGCAAGAAAUUGGUCUAUGGCGCUGUGAAGGAGGAGGAAAUCCUCAAUCUCAAUGUUUCCAAUGUCGAGCAGAUCGAACACCGACGACCGUCCAAUCCCGAUAUGGAUGCGCUGUACAUAUUGUCCCCGGAAUCGUACGUGGUCGACUGUUUGAUGGCAGAUUUUGAGGUUGGACGAUACAGAAAGGCAUUCUUGGUGUGGACUUCAUCCCUCGAUCCGCAACAGCGAUCUCGGAUUGACCGAUCUCAAAUGGCACGCGACCGUAUUGCGGACUUUCAUAUCAUGAACAUCAAUUUCUACCCCAGGGAAUCGCGCUUAAUUACAUUCCGGGAUCCGUGGAGCUUCCCGAUCCUCUUCCACCCGGGUUGCAACAACUUGAUUCGGCGCCAUUUGGAAGAAUUGGCUCAGAAAGUUGUCUCUCUUUGCGCUUCCCUGGGCGAGUAUCCUGUAAUUCGGUACUAUCGGCCCCGAUCUCCGACUCAUGAGGCUGGAGUUAUGUGCUCUCACUUGGCACGUUUCAUUCAAAAUGAACUGGAUCAGUUUGCGCAGCAACAACGUGACUUCCCACCUCAAACAAACCGCCCCCGAGGCGUACUGUUCAUAGUGGACCGUUCCAUGGACUUGUUCGCACCCCUCAUUCACGAAUUUACAUAUCAGGCCAUGGUCCACGAUCUUCUUCCUGUCACGGAUGGAGACAAGGUGACCUACAAAACAGUUUUAAACAAGGGCGCCCCAAAUGAGGAGGUGAAGGAGAUGGAGAUCGGCGAGGAUGAUCGAGUCUGGGUGGACUAUCGCCAUAUGCAUAUGAAGGAUGUGCUCGGGAAAUUGGGCGAGGACUUUGCCAAAUUCCGAGCAGCAAACCCUCAGUUCGCAGACGAUAACGACAAAUCUAAUGUGAACACCAUCAAGGAUAUGUUGGGCGGACUGACAGAGUUUCAAAAGGGCAAGGAUGCCUACACCCUGCACCUCAACAUGGCACAAGAAUGUAUGAAUUACUUCCAGUCCCGCAAACUUCUGGAAGUGAGCUCCACCGAGCAGUCAUUCGCCACGGGUCUUGAUGAGAACUACAAAAAGGCAAAGAACUUAGCAGCGCAGCUCGUGCAGCUCCUCGACGACGACGCAGUCGUCCCACCAGAUCGACUUCGACUUAUACUUCUGUACAUCAUCUAUCGUAAUGGAUUGCUAGGUGGUGACAUUCGCAAACUUAUGGCCCACGCCGCACUCCCACCACAAGACGGCGCGGUGAUUGCCAACCUUGAGCUCCUUGGAGUUCGUGUCGAGAAGCCUCUCAAGGAUGAAAAGCCACCACCAGUACAACCUCUUUUCAACAGACGCAACCCACCACCCGAAUCAGAGGAGCUCAGUUUGAGCCGCUACGAGUUAGCUAUCAAGCAGAUGCUCGAAGACCAGAUCCAGGGAAACCUGGACGCGACAUCCUUCCCUUUCACACGCCCGCAGACCGAGACGGACGGCGCCAUAGCUGCCCAAGAAAUGCAAUCACAGCAGGCUUCUCUGCGCAGCGCAAAACCGACCUGGGCACGCACAAGAUCUGUCGAUCAGCCUCGACAGCGCAUAAUUGUCUUUAUGGCCGGCGGUGCCACCUAUAGCGAGUCACGGGCCUGUUACGAAGUUUCAGCGGCAUACAACCGAGAUGUCUACCUCGCUACGACGCACAUGCUGACCCCCGGUCUUUUCCUCCGCCAGGUAGGCGACCUUAGUGUUGAUCGGCGUCGCCUCGACCUCCCAUACGAGCGUCCCAAACCUACCGCUCCGGCCCAUCUGUUCGAGCGCGAGGCCCCUCCAGCUCCCACUCCGCCGCCACAGAAGAAGAAGCCCAUAUCAACGGCACACCUCAACCCCCCAGCUCCGCCAGAGGCAUUGAUGGCUGGUAUGUCAAUUAAAUCAAACGGGAGCGCAAGCAGCCCCGCCUCAUCUGGCAGCGGGAAACAGGACAAGAAAGAUAAGGAGAAGAAGGAAAAGAAGGAGAAGAAGUACCGUUUCUUCAAGUAG